UGGAGCGAGGUUGCCAAGAAAUUGUCCAGGCGCAGCAAUAAAGACUGCCGGAAGAGAUAUCUUAACGAGAUGGCAGGCACCCUCAAGAAGGGCCCCUGGUCGAGGGAGGAAGACGACAAGCUCAGGAAGCUUGUCGAAGAACACGGCCUGUCGUGGGUGGCCGUAUCGCAAUCCAUGGCAACUCGGAGUGCCGACCAAUGCUCAAAAAGGUGGCACCAUUCGCUAAAUCCAGAGCUCGACCGCCAACCGUGGCGGGAACACGAAAACCAAAAACUUCUUAGGGCGUCAGCAACACAUGGCAGCAGCUGGAAGGAUGUCCAAGAGAAACACUUUCCGGCGCGGUCAGCAAACAACGUCAAAAACCAGUGA